AUGGAAUCCUGUUGUGACUACAUAACAAUCUAUGACGGUAAUGGUAUGCGAAGUCCAAAACUUGUACAGCUUGGAGGUCCUAAUGCCACCGUAACGACUCCCACUGGUCUAUACACAACUUCACAACGGUUCGCCCUUGUUACAUUCCAGUCAGAUCCAGUCAUUCAGAAGACCGGAUUCCAAUUCAUCUAUCAGUCUGUUUUCAGUGAGUUUCCCAUUCAUUGGGAGGGUGUCCAUUUAGUGAAACUACAUAGAAAUCGUGAUAAUCCGAAGGUUAUCUUGGAAGUUAACGAGUUCUAG